CAGCUCGGGUAGCCGCUUCCGUGACUCUGGCUUUGCUUCUGCAGCUGCGUCGGGAGCAAGCUGGGUCCCGAGCAACCGAGGCCCCUGAUGCUUUGCACAAGGUGCGGGCCUGGCUGUACUCCCUUUCUCUGCUUCCACCUUUCAAGAUGCUGGUUCCUUUCAAGAUGCUGGUUGAGGGCUGGGAAUGAAUUCCCUGUGACUGUUUCUGAUUUGCUCAGUGCCUAUUUUAAAACAAAUAAUAAACUACAGGCUCCAGUGCCCUAUCCAUUAAGCUUCCCAGUGCUGACUGGGUUUACAGGCUGCCAUAGUCCUUUUCUCUUCCUGGAGCUGUCUGCUUCACUUCAUCGCCUGCCAGGCUGAGGAGUGACAUGCACAUCUCUUGCUCGGCUGAGCACUGACAGUUCCAGCCCUCAUCCUGUGGUAUUUUUAGCCCUGCUGACAUAAAGAAGCUCCUUUCAUUCAUGUCCAGUCUGUUGAAGGAACCUAGUUGAGAAGCAUGUAAAGGGGUUGGUGGAGAGAUAGGUGAGCCAGCUUAAAAAGUGACCCUACUGGCUACUGCAUGGCCCGUCCAGCCAACGGGCAGGGUGACUGCCAGCUGUCUCUUCCAGGAUGACUAAAGCCCUGCUGGAGAAGGAUGGUGUGAACUGGCGCCAGAAGCUCCCACCAAUCCCUGCAGUCCCCAUUUCUGCCCAGACGAGGUGGAGCGUUCCUUCUGCCGGAGCCCCCGGAGCAAGCACUCCUCCUACAACUGCAGCACCGGGAGGAUCAGACCAGACUGCUGCUGACACAGAGCGAGCUCGAACUCUGAAGGAAGAAGGAAAUGAAUUUGUAAAGAAAGGAAACCAUAAAAAAGCAGUUGAGAAGUACAGUGAGAGUUUAAAGCUCAACGAGGAAUGUGCGACUUACACCAACAGAGCUCUCUGCUACCUGACUCUGAAGCAGUACAAGGAAGCAGUACAGGACUGCACGGAAGCUCUGAGGUUAGAUCCUAAAAACGUUAAGGCGCUCUACAGGCGUGCUCAAGCACUUAAAGAAUUGAAGGAUUACAAAUCAGGUAUUGCAGAUAUCAAGACCUUGUUGAAAACUGAACCAAAGAACACAGCUGCACUGAGAUUACUGCAAGAACUGAACAGAGCCUAGGGUAACCAAGCAACAAGGAAAGCUUUGAUUUUCAUUGCGGAAGAAAACUUUUCCCCUUCUGAUGUUGUUACAGGGACCAGUCUUAAUGCAGGAUCGGUAUUGAAAUCUAUCUUCUACUGCUGCUGAGAUGUAACAGGUUCUGUGCCAGCACAAUCAAUGUUCACACACACAAUCUGUAUCAAACUAUUUAUCUGGCUCUAAGAUCAUUGAAAGUUUUGAUGCCCCUCCCUGAGAGGCAUAUAGGUUACCUUCCCUAGUUGAAGUCAACUUGCCUGUAACUAUUGGCCUUGGGGACUCUUUCCAUGUUGGCUAAGGUUCACGCAAAGUGGCUAUUCUUUUUCUGAAGAGCUACAAAGAGAGGGGUUUUUUUUGUCCUUAUUCAGGUGACAGUUUUGCUGCAUUUGUGCUGCUAUUAAUUAAGGUUGCUGCAGGAACUGCUGCAGUUGCCCUAGCACCAUGUACCAUUCUUGUAACAGAGGCACAGUUACUUGCAUAGAGCCAAGCUUGUCCCCUCGCCCACUUGAUGCCUGCUGGCUCUUAGCUGAGUUUCUGCUGUGUAGUGGGGCUGGGCAGAUGUUUACAGUAGCAGCUUUCUUUUAUUUUUAAUUAUUCUGCACAUUUAAGAAAACAGCAGCAAGUUGAGCCUGCCUUGUUACACUGUGCACUACUUCUUUCAGAUUCUGGGUGCUUGGGACUUUUAUAAUUGUUUUUUGUGUUAGUUUUUGUUUGUUUUUUAAACCACUUUAGCUCCUCUGUGCCUUUUGGAGCAGUUGCUACAGGGUGUUACAGGGAGGAGGAUAUGCAGUAACAUCCCAGCUGAGGUCUGGCUUACUACUUCAAUGCAUGUUUGUACUUUUGAUCUCCUUAUCUGGUAUUGAUGGCACUGACUUACAAUGGUAAAGAGAUACUUGGAGUUAUUCUAUGAACUGUUAAAAUCAGUUCUCAUUAAAGCCAUGUUUAUUUUCA